AGUCACGUGCCAGCCAAAGAUGGCCGCGUUCAGCGUAGGAGAGCAAAAGUUGGAGUGAGCUCCCAGCGUGGCCUGCAGAGGACCGGUGCAGGCAUCGAAUGCUGUGAGGAGACCAUAAGUGCAAGGAUCAAGAAACUACUGGGCUAUUUGAUGAAGAACACGUUUGACAUGCAAAGCCUAAAAUAUUUACUUUGUGGCCCUUCGGAGAAAUUUUGCUGAUUCCUAUUUCAGGGUAUACCUAUAUAUAUUAUUGAAAAAUAUUUUAAGGCUCAAGAUGGAAAAUCAUGAACCACAUGAUACUGUCAAGGAAAACUUAAUCUUCAAUAUCAUAACCAGAAAAAUUAACCAACUCCCAGAAGCAGAAAGGAAUCUGCUCGAACAUGGAUCAGCAUAUGUUGGACUUAACGCUGGUCUCUGUGGUCUAAUAGCAAAUAGUCUUUUUCGACGCGUCUUAAAUGUGACCCAGGCUCGUAUAGCUGCUGGCUUACCAAUGUCAGUGAUCCCAUUUUUGACUGCAGACUUAUCUUACAGAGGUUUUGUAAGUUUACCUUUGAUUACAGGUGAUUUGAAUUGUGAAACCUGUACCAUAACACGGGGUGGACUAGUUGGUCUUGUUCUGGGUGGUCUGUACCCUAUUAUCUUGGCUAUACCUGUGAAUGGUGGCUUAGCAGCCAGGUAUGAGUCAGCGCCGCUACCAGAGAAAGGAAACAUCUUAACUUACUGGACUAGAGUUUCUAAGCCUAUCUUUAGAAAGAUGUUAUUUCCCAUUUUGCUCCAGACUAUGUUCGCAGGAUACCUUGGAUCUAAACAAUAUAAACUAUUUAUAAAGGCCCUUCAGUUACCUGAACCUGGCCUAGAAAUUCAGUGACUGUUAAAACAAAUGUGUACACAAAAAUAAAAUUAUGAUGUAUGAA